AUGGAUAAGUACGAUGUGAUUAAGGCCAUCGGGCAAGGUGCCUUCGGGAAAGCAUACUUAGCUAAAGGGAAAUCAGAUAGCAAGCACUGUGUCAUAAAAGAGAUCAAUUUUGAAAAGAUGCCCAUACAAGAAAAAGAAGCUUCAAAGAAAGAAGUCAGUCUUCUGGCAAAGAUGAAACAUCCCAACAUUGUAGCCUUCUUCAAUUCAUUUCAAGAGAAUGGCAGGCUGUUUAUUGUAAUGGAAUAUUGUGAUGGAGGGGAUCUCAUGAAAAGGAUCAAUAGACAACGGGGUGUGUUAUUUAGUGAAGAUCAGAUCCUCGGAUGGUUUGUACAGAUUUCUCUAGGACUAAAACAUAUUCAUGACAGGAAGAUAUUACACAGGGACAUAAAAGCUCAGAACAUUUUUCUUAGCAAGAAUGGAAUGGUUGCAAAGCUUGGGGACUUUGGUAUAGCAAGAGUCCUGAAUAAUUCCAUGGAACUUGCUCGAACUUGUAUUGGAACACCUUACUACCUGUCCCCAGAGAUCUGUCAGAAUAAACCCUACAACAAUAAAACGGAUAUUUGGUCUCUUGGCUGUGUCUUAUAUGAGCUCUGCACACUCAAACAUCCUUUCGAGGGUAACAACUUACAGCAGCUGGUUCUGAAGAUUUGUCAAGCACAUUUUGCCCCAAUAUCUCCAAGGUUUUCACGUGAGCUACAUUCCUUGAUAUCUCAGCUCUUUCAAGUAUCUCCUCGAGACCGACCAUCUAUAAAUUCCAUUUUGAAAAGGCCCUUUUUAGAGAAUCUUAUUCCCGAAUAUUUGACUCCUGAGGUCAUUCAGGAAGAAUUUAAUCACAUGCUUAUAUGCAGAGCAGGAGCGCCAGCUUCUCGACAGGCUGGGAAGGUGGUCCAGAAGUAUAAAAUACAAAAAGUGAAAUUCCAGGGAAAGUGCCCACCAAGAUCAAGGAUAUCUGUGCCAAUUAAAAGGAAUGCUAUAUUGCAUAGAAAUGAAUGGAGACCAUCAGCUGGAGCCCAGAAGGCCAAAUCCAUAAAAAUGAGAGAAAGGCCCAAACUUGCGGCUGUGUGUGGACAUUAUGAUUAUUAUUAUGCUCAACUUGAUAUGCUGAGGAGGAGAGCCCAGGAACCAAGUUAUCACCCUAUUCCUCAAGAAAAUACUGGAGUUGAGGAUUACAGCCAGGAAGAGAGGCAUGGUCCAUCCCCAAGUCAAUGGCCUGCUGAGUACCUUCAGAGAAAAUUUGAAGCUCAACAAUAUAAGCUGAAAGUAGAGAAGCAAUUGGGUCUUCGUCCAUCUUCUGCCGAGCCAAAUUACAUCCAGAGACAAGAGCUAAGAAGUAAUGGAGAAGAGCCUAGAUUCCAGGAGUGGCCAUUUAGGAAAAACGAGAUGAAGGAACAGGAAUACUGGAAGCAGUUAGAGGAAAUACGCCAACAGUACCACAAUGACAUGAAAGAAAUUAGAAAGAAGAUGGGGAGAGAACCAGAGGAGAACUCAAAAAUAAGUCAUAAAACCUAUUUGGUGAAGAAGAGUAACCUGCCUGUCCAUCAAGAUGCAUCUGAGGGAGAAGCACCUGUGCAGGACAUUGAAAGAGACUUGAAACAAAUGAGGCUUCAGAACACAAAAGAAAGUAAAAAUCCAGAACAGAAAUAUAAAGCUAAGAAGGGGGUAAAGUUUGAAAUUAAUUUAGACAAAUGUAUUUCUGAUGAAAACAUCCUCCAAGAGGAAGAGGCAAUGGAUAUACUAAAUGAAACUUUGACCUCUGAGGAUGGCCUGAAGUUUAAGGAAUAUAAAUGUGUAAAGGAGCAUGGAGAUUAUACAGACAAAGCAUUUGAGAAACUUCACUGCCCAGAAGCAGGGUUUUCCACGCAGACUGUAGCUGCUGUGGGAAACAGGAGGCAGUGGGAUGGAGGAGCGCCUCAGGCUCUGCUGCAGAUGAUGGCAGUGGCCGACAUCACCUCCACCUGCCCCACGGGGCCUGACGAUGGCCAAGUUACUGUGAUUGAAGGCAUUCCAGAAAACAGGAAACAGGGGCGGCAUGAAGCUCCAGGAACUUUAAUGAGUGUUUUGGCAGCAGCACAUCUAACGAGUAGCUCAUUUUCUGCCGAUGAAGGAGAAUUUGCAAUGGGAACAUUAAAACAAUGGCUAUCCAAAGAAGAAGAUGAAGGGAAGAUAGAAAUGGUCUCUGGCAUUGAAGUAGAUGAGGAACAACUAGAACCAAGAUCUGAUGAUGAGGAUACAAAUUUUGAAGAAUCUGAAGAUGAGUUGAGAGAUGUAGUAGUAGAAUCCUUAAAAAAACUUGCUACUUUCAAAGAGGAAGAAAAAACAGGAGAGGCCUCCUGUGCCUCUAAGGACUCUGGAAAGUCAAGUGAAAGAGAGGGGAUAAGUAGGCAGACAUCUGAAGAAUUAAGUGAAGGCUUGGAGAAUAUUUCUACUACAUCUAAUGACCACAUUUGUAUUAUAGAUGAAGACCAAGGGACAUCAACAACUAGUCAAAAUAUACAAGUGUGA